CGUACCCUGGUUCAGCACCUUCGCGGUGUCCUCGUCCCCAUCCGCGAGCGCCGCGAUCUGUGCAGGCGUGAAGAUCGGAGCGCCCGGCGCGAGGACGUCCAUCUGCAACUUCGUGCCCACGGCGUGCAUCAUCUCCGGGUCGGUCGGCGUGAAUAUGUGCGACACAAAGUCCUGUGGGGUGUCCAUGUCAGCCUUCAGGUGCCAGCACGCGGGGAGGGAAUUGCGUACCAUGGCCUUUUGCAGCUCGUCUUCGGUGAGCAGCCGCCCGGCGUCAGCGCUGCCUUGUAUCACUGGCGUGGGGCUCCCGUCAGCAGCGUUCUCGGUGGGAUGGGUUCGGGGCACGCACCGGGCCGGAUGAGGUCGAAUGCGCGGUCGAAGUUGCCCUCGUCGAUGUCGCUCAGGACCGGGACCUGCUGGUUCCGAAUCUGCUUGUACGCUCCCGAGACUGUCAGGAAGAACCUGUCGUCUUCGCUCAGAUUCAAGACCGAGAGAGACCGAUGCCGCACACGCACCUGGUGUACGAGACGGCGACCUUGUGGUGGUGGAAGUUGCCCGCUUCCUCCUCUGUGCAGUGGCCCCGGAUGGACGCCGCGAUAGUCACCGCGGCUGUCAGGCCGCCCGACACAGCGAGGUGCACGCCCGAGCUUGCGUGGACAUCAGAUCAGUCAGCCAAUUCAGCGAGCGGUGUAGGAAGGGCUCACGAGAAGAACGGGUCGAUCUGUUCGCGCGGUCAGCGAUCGCGGUCCACGAAGCGAGCGGAGCCACUCACAAACGCACUGGCGUCGCCGACGAGCCGAAAAUGGUCGCCCGAAUACCGCGUGGCCGUGUAGCUGAAGUCGCUAGCGGAUUUGACCGGGGGGAUCUGCCCCGAUGUGUCGACGGCCAGCUUGGCCGCGCCGAGCAGCUGCUGCAGUUUCGGGACGAACUGGAGCUGCGCGAGGUAGUGCUCCUGCAGCGUGUGCCCCGCUUUCUUGGCUGCGCUAAUCUUGCCGUCCAUGACGAUGCCGACGGACACUCGGCCGUGCUGCAGCGGGAUAAACCACGCCCAGCCGCUUUCAUCUAUUGAGUCGUUAGCAUAGAUAUAUGCGCGGCGCGGUGCUCGCAUAUGAAGAGUACCUGUCAGCGCCUCAAACCACGGCGAAUUCGCGCGCUCUGUACCGGGGCUAUACAUGUUCGCGCCCGUCCAAUAUCCCCAGCAGGCGACGUUCUUGAGGUUCUUAUUCAUAUGUCGGUUGUGGAGGUAGCGCGUCGAGAGCAGGCCGGCGCGGCCGGACGCGUCGACGAGGUAGUCGAACGUGAUCGUGCGCGGCUGGCCCGUGGGGUCGCUGAACGUCGCGCUGAUCGGACGCGUGUCGGCGCGGAAGCCGAGCGAGAGGACUUUGUGCUCCUCGAAGACCUGGGCGCCGCAUUCCUGUGCAUGGCGCAGGAGGAUCUCGUCCAGUUCAGCGCGUUCCUGCGGAGGAGUGGUUGCCGAUGCCGAAGUUGGUGUACCCCUCCCGCUUCCAUUGAUCUGCCUCUUGCGAUCACGCCGGGCUGUGUGUUGUCAUAUCGUGUUUGUCAGCGGUGGUCGAGCUCGCGGCGACUGGAGCAACAACCUACCUUUUUCUGGAAACCAUGUUUUUCGACUUUGUCCUCCGCGUCGAUGAAUCGGAGGAAAUGGCGCAGGGAGGGCAGCAUGCUCUCGCCGACAUGGUACCUUCCGGCGACACGUGAGCUACAUGCAAGUCACGCAGUUCUAUCCGGCUACGCACCUGGGGAACUUGUCCGCCUCGAGCACCACGACGUCGAUGCCUUCCCUGGCCAAUACCGAAGCGGUGUAGCUCCCGGCGGGGCCACCGCCGAUGACAAGGACUGUUACGUGGGCGGGUGUGCUCUGGGUGGUGCUCAUUGAGAUGUUGCAGCUCCGACGAUUAUCGCCAGUCCCUUUUAUAUCGCGCUCGCUUAGCGCAGGGCGUGAAUAAUAUUAAUGCUACAGGACUACACUGGGUGCGUGUUUCAGGUCCCGGCCUCUUCCUUGCUCACCUGGAGCGCGCCCGGACAGCUCGCUCUCCGUUCCCGCUAGCGACUAGUCUGGCGAUGGAUGUUCUCCGCCGAAAAGGUGUCUGCGCGUGCCUGGAGCUAGCGGGGAGCCAAUCACCAGCCGAGUUGGAGUGGGAUAUGUAUGCGCAGUAGUGCUCAAACUCCAGGCUUCAAUAUAUUGGAGUCGCCGAUAUGUAACACCCAGCGUUCAACGACUCAACAUUCCCCGACCACGCUAACUAAAAUUUGACGAACACUGCCACUGGAAUGUAUAGAAUUGCAUUUCACGCCUCGGUUUACGAUAUGUACAUAGCCGGUGUCUGUACUACGUAGUGAUGAGAUCUUUGGGUACAUAUUACUCACCGAGAGCUUGAACGCCGAGCAGGCGUUUCACGGCUAUCAUUCGGAGGCCCUCAUCUCGCAUUCCAUGCGCAGCCGCAGAACUAUCCGAACACGUCCACGGCUUUGGCCUGUGAUGCCAUCAGCUGCGCGCUCUGCCAGCCCAGUGCGUCGCAGACGUAGUCGUGUGCCUUCGAGUACAUGUCCUCCCAGCACUCGCGCUCGACGUCCCCUCCCAGCUGGCUGCUCAGAUACGCCAUCGCAAGCACCGUCGCAAGCAGCACGUCCUCGUCCUUGAGCCCAGCGGGCAGCGACAGCAGCGCCCGGAGUCCCGCACGGUCGACCGUGAGGUGCAUGAACGCGAGAUCGAGCACCUGGGCGGAGAAGGCUCCGUCAAAGGACUGGAGCCGGGCGAGCGCCUCCAGCGGGUCCGAGUUCACAAGUGAAUCCGAGUCGACGUGCGGGGGAGGUGUGCCACCGUCGAACAGCCCAAAGCCCAUGUCGUCAUCCGACUCUUCGGCGUCGUCGAUGGGAGGUGCGGUGUGUGAUCCCGCAUCAGAUCCUAUGCCAUAUGUGUCAUCUGAUUCCGAUGAGGAACUCGGAGCCACUGAGCCUGGAGGCGGUGCUCGCGGCGGGGGUGGCGGUGCUGCGAUCAGCAUAGGUGGCGGCGGCGCCGCUGGUGCUGGCAUGUGCACUCCGGCAGACGGUGCCGACGAAGCCGAAGCCGAGGCCAAAGUCCGCAGUGAAUUCAAUCCUUCUUCAAAUGUCUCCACUUCAUUUGCAUCAACGCUCUCGAUAGUCUCAUCCACGGCGACAAACGACGUCUGCGACGACGCGAUGCCGUAUUUAGUGCCCAAUCGCACGAUCGCUGCAUUCACUGUCCGAGAGAGCAGAUCUGGGUCGCCAUCGCGCGCUAGCCCGUGCUGUCCGUCUUCCAGAUCCUGAAUAAUCUUGCGCGCGGAAAUAGCAUGCAGUGCUAUAGUCCCCAGACAGCUGGCAGUGACGUCUACAGGCAGCUCGAUGGUGGCACCGUCUGCAGUGGUGCCGUGGAGAACUACUUUAGGGGGAAUCUGUGAUG